GUCAAAAGAAUUCAAAUAAUUAAGUAAAAUGGAUUGCCAGGCGACAGGAAACCCAAAGACCGGACAGGCAAAUGCCCAAUGUGGAGUAAUGGUGGGUGACGAUCUGGCCAAUGCUCGGGCCGGAGUUUUCGCCUCUACUCCAGGCACCGGUGGACCCGUCACCAAGGGAGUUUAUGGAGCGCUGAACGCUAAUGGACAUGGACUCUCGGUACAGCAUGGACACAUUGAGGGAGUGGGCAGUACCACGACCGCCGCAGCCCAGGCGAAUCUUCUCCAUACCCCGAACACCGCGCUCAACGCCACUGCCUUUCACAGCCACAGCCGAUCUCACGAUCAGUUCGGAGGCGGACUCAAUCUCCAGACGGCGGCGGGUCACCAGGCGGCAAUUGGGGUCACCCGAGUGCCGCAGUUCGAUAUGACUACAGUCCAGGGUUCAGGGAGGGCCAAUCUGUACUCCUCACCCAGUGGCAAUCUCAAUGUCAAUGCCACUGGUAGUGCCAAUCGCCACUUGAGCGGACCACAUCGUGGCAGGACCGAUUUCGGCACCGGACUCAACUUGCGCUACGAUUUCUGAUUUUUUUAAGUCUUGGUACUUUUUAUUUUCGAACAAUUAAAUAACAAUAAACAAAAAAUAAAACUAUA